CCAUAUCUCCUUGAUUUAUGACUUUUUUCCUUCAAGUGGAAGCCUUUAAAUUUCCACAGCUCUUGAGCUCAGUUUAGUUAAACUGACAUCAUGAUGGCAGAGAAAGAAGCUCUCGUUGUUGCAGCUUUCAUUUUUGCCUUCAUUUCACACGGUGAAGGUAUAAUUGGUGGCAGAGAGGCUGCGCCACACUCCCGUCCCUACAUGGCCUCCAUCCAGGUUCAGGAAGGAGAGACAAUGAAACAUGAGUGUGGAGGGUUUGUGAUCGCUGAUCAGUGGGUGAUGACUGCCGUUCACUGCCUGCCAACAGGGGCAAAUGGGAGAAAAGUAGUCCUUGGUCUCCAUUCUCUGAGUGAAGCUGAAGAAACAAAGCAGACGUUUGACAUUUUGGAGGUUCACAACCACCCAAGUUACAGCUCUUACAAUUUUGAUAAUGACAUCUCUCUGGUUAAAUUGGAUCGUCCGUUUAACGCCUCUGAAGCAGUCAGAGCAUUGGAAUACCUGCGAGCAGGUGGAACUAACCCCACCACAGGCGCAGAAGUCGAGACAGCCGGAUGGGGGUCUCUGGAUAACCUGAGCUUCAGGCCGGACAAGCUCCAGGAGGUGGUGGUUGAAGUGAUCGUCUCUGCUCGAUGCAGCCGCAGCGACUACUUUGGCAGAAAGUUCACCUCCAACAUGAUCUGUGCUCAUAAAGUGUGUCCAGACCCCUGUGAUCAACCACACAAGAUGGCAGACAGCUGUGACGGUGACUCUGGAGGCCCACUGCUCUACAACGGCAUCGCAGUGGGCGUCACUUCUAACGGAGGAAAGAAGUGUGGUCAACUAAAAAAGCCUGGAAUUUACACCGUCAUUUCUCACUACACUGAGUGGAUUGACAGCAUCAUGGGCCCGCAGCCUGCUGCAGCACAGGACGAGAACUAGAGGAGAGUGUGUGUGGCAUUUAUGACUGGCUGACUGCAGUGUUGUUUUUAAGACAGUCCCACUUACAGACUAUUAAUGCUUGAUAUCACCUCUCUUCUUUUAAUCAUGGACAGAAGAUUGUCUUUGUCUUUUCUUAUACUAAUGCACAGCUGUUAGAAGUAGUGGCUCAUAACAAAACAGACAAAAAUGAUUCAACAGCUUAAAUCAAAUCACUUUAAUGACAAAUCAAUAAAAUGCACUUUAUUAAAA